UAUCAUAGUUAGUGUCUCUCUUUUCCUACAAACUCUUCUAUAUUUUCCGUAUUUUGUCAUCAACGUCUUAAUGGGUAUUUCUUUAAUAACAUGAUCGCGUGACGAAAGUAAUCUUCAAUAAGAUCUUGACAGCUAUACAUGAUUUCGAUGAAAGGUACGACACGUGGGAGACUAUGAGUCAUUACUUUAUUCUUUACUAAAAACUCAUUCCUAUUGGCCAUGGUUGGUUGGGUUCCAACAUUUUCAAGCUCUCAUUACUCAUAUUUUUUCAUGAAACACCUCUGCAAUCAUGCCCUCCACAAUUAAGCUUUCUCUUUUAAACAUUCUAGAGUUAUAAACAAGUACGUGUGAAGUUGAGAACUUUUAGCCUUAGAUUCAGCUAAUUUGCUUCAAAACAAGCUUGUUCUUGACUAGAGCAACAAUCUAGUGAAGUACUAGUUCAAGAAAAAUAGCCGAUUCAUGGUUAACCGUACCUGAAACCAGUGUCGAUACCCCCUUGUACCAGGAAGAUCUGAAUCAAAUACAGGAGUAGCUUUUGCUCAGUUAUGAGUCAAGUAAGAUGAAUAUUUCAAAUUUAAGAGAAUCAGACUACGAAUCGAAACCAGAUGGCGCUAACGAUCGAAGCAAGAUUGUUCUUAAACCCAACUUGACUACAUCAUCAUGGUCUAGAUUGAAGGAUCCAAGAAUUGUUCGAGUUUCUAGAGCUUUUGGUGGCAAAGAUCGACAUAGUAAAGUCUGUACGGUUAGAGGGUUAAGAGACAGGAGGGUCAGGCUUUCAGUCCCAACCGCGAUCCAGUUGUACGAUCUUCAAGACCGAUUAGGACUAAACCAACCUAGUAAAGUUGUUGAUUGGUUACUUGAAGCAGCCAAAAAUGAAAUUGAUGAGCUCCCUCCUCUUCAAAUCCCACCUGGAUUAAGCUUUGGACAAAACCUCCAAGCAUUGAUAAAUGCUUCUUCACAAGAACGAACAGAAGGUGCGAAAACAAGUGCUAGUUGUCUCAAUUGGGAUGAUUAUUGGAAUCCAGAUAAAUCUAAAGCGAUUUCAAAAGAAACUAGUGGUAACUAUGAAGAAAAUGAUGGUGAACAUGCAAGAAAUAAGCAAGAUCAUCAUGGUACAUUUGUUCAAUCUAGUAAUUUCUUUGAGAGAAACCCUAAUUCUUCAAGUCUACCAGGUUUGUUAAACAAUGUUGUCCCAAACAGUUCUUUUCUCAAAUGGGAUCCUUCUAGUUUGUCAUUAUCCCGGUUCGGGAGCUAUGGAUCAGUGGCACCUCAUCAACAAGACGGCAGUGUUCAUAACUUCAAUAUGAAUGUGGCCGCGUCCUUACCUUCCGUUCCCUCUGGAUCUCAGGUUCUCCUCUAUCCUCCACCACCAACACAAACACAAACACAAACACAAACACAAUUAUAUUUCCCUUCACACGAUCAUAACUCGGGUGAGUUUGAGCCGAAACAACCAGAUUUCCAAAUGGUGAGUUCUUCUUCAAAUUCUAAUUUCACACCACCUCUAUAUACAAUAAACCAAGGGAUGCGACCAUUUCAUUUGAGCAUGAACCCUAAGUUUUUUUCUUCACAAGAUAAUGGUGGACAUGAACCAAACAAAUGAGGGUACACUUUCUUCUUGAUGUUCAUAUUCUCGAAGGCGAUAAGCAUACGUGGAUGUGCUUAUUCGGAUCACAAAUAAGAAGACACAACGGUAUGUUCUUGAGUUUAUUGCGUGAUAACAAUAACUUAAACCUUGAGUUUAAUUUUUAGUUUUGGAUUAAAGUGUUGGUUUCUUUCAUCAUGUUAAUUGUUAAACUCAGAUUUACAUAUGUAUACUUAUAUAUAAUUUAUA